AUGCAUUUCCAUUCAUACGCCGCCAUCCUUUCGGGGGCAUUGGGUGCCAGUGCCCUCAAGUUCCCUCGCCAGGCCGCCAAUGCCUCCACACGGUACUCGGUGCAGACUCCUCCUCUCGACACGCCGUGGACGUACGAAGUAGGAACAGACCCAUGGCCGCAAUACCCAAGACCAAAGCUCGCUCGAUCCCAAUGGCAGAGCUUGAACGGCAUCUGGACAUACUCCAAUGCUAGCAACUUGGAUGCUGUGAACAGCCCUCCAUUCAACCAGACACUGCCAAGAGAAGUCCUGGUUCCAUUCUGUCUCGAGAGUGGCUUGUCCGGCAUUCAAGGCCAAGAUGUGCUCUACUCGUGGUACCAGACCACGUUCGAAGUCCCUCGCAACUGGACUGGUGAGCGAGUGCUGCUGAACUUUGGUGCGGUGGAUUAUGAGACGACGGUCUUUGUGAAUGGACAAAACGCCACUUUCAAUCGUGGAGGCUACUUUGCGUUUUCGGUGGAUGUUACUCCAUACCUCAACCGAGGUGGUCAGAACGAGCUGCUGGUCUUCGUUCAUGACCCAACAGACAGUGAUCCAUAUGUCAUCCCAAUUGGAAAGCAGACUCUGAACCCAUCCCACAUCUUCUACCGACCUUGCAGUGGUAUCUGGCAGAGCGUAUGGAUCGAAUCCGCCCCAACAAACCACAUCACCGCGAUCAACGUCAAUGGAGAUGCUGGCGGCAAUGUCAACAUGACCGUGACGAGUUCUGGCAACGCUAGCUCCACUGUAGAAAUCACAGUCAAGGAGAGAGCCAAGGACGAUGGAGGCCAUGGUGGUUCUCCAGGCCAGGGAGGACCACCAGGCUACGGAGGCUACAGCGAUAAUGGGUUCCAGUGGGGCCAUGGAGGUCACGGCGGCCACGGUGGCAAUGGCGGGAAUGGAGGCAAUGUCGUAGCCAGGCACAGUGGCACGACGGGCUCUCCCAUCACAUUCAAGGUGAAUGGGGCCAAGACCUGGUCACCCAGCGAUCCAAACCUCUACGACAUUGAGAUCAAGUUGGGCUCGGACGAUGUCACCAGCUACACUGGUUUCAGAACCGUUGGACGAGAGGAAGUUAAUGGCGUUCAAAGGAUCACAUUGAAUGGUGAUGCCAUCUUCACAAUGGGUACCCUUGAUCAAGGAUACUGGCCAGACGGACUCUACACACCACCCACCUACGAAGCCAUGACCUAUGACAUCCGCACCCUGAAGAAGAUCGGCUACAACAUGCUCCGCAAGCACAUCAAAGUCGAACCCCCGCUCUUCUACGCCGCCGCCGACGAAAUCGGCAUCCUCGUCAUGCAAGACAUGCCCGCGCUCCGCCCCUCCCAAUCGCGCACCCUCGCCAACUGCACCACGGAAACCAUCCUCCCCGACGACGCCCAACAAGCCGAGUUCCAGCGCCAGCUCGAAGUCCUCAUCACCCAAUUCCGCUCCUACACCUCCAUCUUCAGCUGGGUCAUCUACAACGAAGGCUGGGGCCAAAUCACCUCCUACUACCCAGAGUUCGCACUCACCGACCUCGUCCGCGAGCUCGACCCCACGCGCAUCAUCGACUCCGUCACAGGCUGGUACGACCACGGGGCCGGCGACUUCAGCGACAACCACCACUACGCGAACCCGCAGUGCGGCACGCCGUGGUACAGCAUCAACUCGUCGCCCUUCGACCCGAGCCGCAUCGGCUUCCAGGGCGAGUUCGGCGGCACCGGGCACAACGUCUCCGCAGACCACCUCUGGAAAGUCCAGGAGGCCAUCAACACGAUCAAUCAGACGUACGAAAUCGACCAGACGCUCGACACGUGGAACUACCGCGGCCACUUCCUGCUGAACGAGCUGCUCUCGCAGGUGGAGCUGUACUCGUGCGCGGGCGCCGUGUGGACGCAGACGACCGACGUCGAGGGCGAGGUCAACGGCAUGUUGACGUACGAUCGCCGGAUCCUGCGCCCCGUGCUCGAGCAGUGGAAUGCGGAUAUCCAGGCGCUCUAUGACGCCAGUGCGAAGAGAACGAAUGGGUCCAUGCCGAUUGCUUCGAGCACGAUUGCGUAUACCACUGCGACGGAGCCCUGGCCGCAGACGUUCUGGAGUGGGUAUCACUGGACGCCGGCGGGGCCUGCGAGGACGACGGGUGGUGGGGGUGUUCCUGGGGGUUGGGGAUCUUGA